CUCUCUUUCCCUUUCAUUCUGCUUCCCCGGAGCCGAAUGAAGCAGAGAGCAGGAUUAGAGUCCGCCACCGGCUAUCAGAAGAGCCUAGAUAAAAGGAACUGCUUCUUAAGCACCACUGCAGCAGCCCUUGUUAAUUUUUUUUUUCUUUCCACACAACAGUUGUGCCUCAUUAUCCGGUGCCUGGCUCGAUUUUUUUUUCUUUUUUUUUUUUUUUUUUUGGAGGGUUUGAAGUUUCUGUGCUUCAGUGACUGUUACAGAAGAAGAGGUGUUAGUGUUGCCGUGAGGUCUUGAUUGUCUGCAUUUAUGAAUGAAACUGACCUAAAUCACCUGUUACCUCCAGUUCCCAGAUUGUUUGAACUUCUCUGGCCGCACAAUACAGGAGGGAAGGCUGAAGCAGCAGAGGGACCCACAGCGUCUGCAGCAUGGGCUGGCUCGCUAGGAUUGCCUGUCUUUUCUGGGGAGUAUUACUUACAGCGACAGCAAACUAUCAAAAUGGGAAGAACAAUGUGCCAAGGCUGAAAUUAUCCUACAAAGAAAUGUUGGAAUCCAACAGUGUAAUCACUUUCAAUGGCUUGGCCAACAGCUCCAGUUAUCAUACCUUCCUUUUGGAUGAGGAACGGAGUAGGCUGUAUGUUGGAGCAAAGGAUCACAUAUUUUCAUUCAACCUGGUUAAUAUCAAGGAUUUUCAAAAGAUUGUGUGGCCAGUGUCUUAUACCAGAAGGGAUGAAUGCAAGUGGGCUGGAAAAGAUAUCCAGAAAGAAUGUGCUAAUUUCAUCAAGGUGCUUAAGGCUUAUAAUCAGACUCACUUGUACGCCUGUGGAACGGGGGCUUUUCAUCCAAUUUGCACCUACAUUGAAAUUGGACAUCAUCCUGAGGAUAACAUUUUUAAGCUGGAGGACUCACAUUUUGAAAAUGGCCGUGGGAAGAGUCCAUAUGACCCUAAACUGCUGACGGCAUCUCUUUUAAUAGAUGGGGAAUUAUACUCCGGGACGGCAGCUGAUUUUAUGGGGCGAGAUUUUGCGAUCUUCAGAACGCUGGGGCACCACCACCCUAUUAGGACGGAGCAGCAUGAUUCCAGGUGGCUCAAUGAUCCAAGGUUCAUCAGUGCCCACCUCAUCCCGGAAAGUGACAACCCUGAAGAUGACAAAGUAUAUUUUUUCUUCCGUGAAAAUGCGAUAGAUGGAGAACACACCGGAAAAGCCACUCAUGCUAGAAUAGGACAGAUAUGCAAGAAUGACUUUGGGGGGCACAGAAGUCUGGUGAAUAAGUGGACAACAUUCCUCAAAGCUCGUCUGAUUUGCUCAGUGCCAGGUCCAAAUGGCAUUGACACUCAUUUUGAUGAAUUGCAGGAUGUAUUCCUAAUGAAUUCUAAAGAUCCUAAGAAUCCAAUUGUAUAUGGAGUGUUUACAACUUCCAGUAACAUCUUCAAGGGGUCAGCUGUGUGUAUGUAUAGCAUGAGUGAUGUGAGAAGGGUGUUCCUUGGUCCAUAUGCUCACAGGGAUGGUCCCAACUAUCAGUGGGUACCUUAUCAAGGAAGAGUCCCCUACCCACGACCAGGAACUUGUCCCAGUAAGACAUUUGGUGGAUUUGACUCUACAAAAGACCUUCCUGAUGAUGUUAUAACAUUUGCAAGAAGUCAUCCAGCUAUGUACAAUCCAGUGUUUCCUAUUAACAACCGCCCAAUAAUGAUCAAAACAGAUGUAAAUUAUCAAUUUACACAAAUCGUAGUGGAUCGAGUGGAUGCAGAAGAUGGCCAAUAUGAUGUCAUGUUUAUUGGAACAGAUGUUGGGACUGUUCUUAAAGUCGUUUCAAUUCCUAAGGAAACUUGGCAUGAUUUAGAAGAAGUUCUGCUGGAAGAAAUGACAGUUUUUCGGGAGCCAACUCCUAUUUCAGCAAUGGAGCUUUCCACUAAACAGCACCAGCUGUACGCGGGCUCGCCCGCCGGCCUGGCCCAGCUGCCGCUGCAGCGCUGCGCCGCCUACGGGAGGGCCUGCGCCGAGUGCUGCCUCGCCCGCGACCCCUACUGCGCCUGGGACGGCGCCGCCUGCUCGCGCUACUUCCCCGCCGCCAAGAGACGCACAAGACGACAAGACAUUAGAAAUGGAGACCCGCUGACUCACUGUUCAGACUUACAACACCAUGAUAAUCACCACAGCCACAGCCUUGAAGAAAGAAUCAUCUAUGGAGUAGAAAAUAGUAGCACGUUCCUGGAAUGCAGUCCAAAAUCACAGCGAGCUCUGGUCUAUUGGCAAUUCCAGAGGCGAAAUGAAGAGCGAAAAGAAGAGAUCAGAGUGGAUGAUCAUAUCAUCAGGACAGAACAAGGCCUUCUACUGCGCAGCCUACAGCGGAAGGAUUCAGGCAAUUACCUCUGCCACGCUGUGGAGCAUGGCUUCAUGCAAACUCUCCUUAAAGUGACCCUGGAAGUCAUUGACACAGAGCAUUUGGAGGAACUUCUUCAUAAAGAUGAUGAUGGAGAUGGCUCGAAGACCAAAGAAAUAUCCAACAGCAUGACACCUAGCCAGAAGGUCUGGUACAGAGACUUCAUGCAGCUCAUCAACCACCCCAACCUGAACACAAUGGAUGAGUUCUGUGAACAAGUGUGGAAAAGGGACCGAAAACAACGUCGGCAAAGGCCGGGGCAUACCCAAGGGAACAGUAACAAAUGGAAGCACUUACAGGAAAAUAAGAAAGGUAGGAACAGGCGGACCCACGAAUUUGAGAGGGCACCCAGGAGUGUCUGAGCUGCAUUACCUCUGGAAACCUCAAACAAGUAGAAACUUGCCUAGACAAUAACUGGAAAAAAUGCAAUAUACAUGAACUUUUUUCAUGGCAUUAUGUGGAUGUUUACAAUGGUGGGAAAUGCAUCUGAGUUCCCCCAAUUAUAAAUUAAGUCCAUGAGUAACUUUGCUAACAGGCUUUCCUCCUAAUACCAACACCUAAUAGAGGUCAGGUGAACGCAGAUGUUCACUUUAGCAGACUUAAUGUUUCCUAUGAGAUUUCAUUGUACAGGUUUCACUUUCUUCUUUGCCUGAGAAAUAAAAAUGUCAUUUGCCAUGUUGCCAUCUAAAGAAGAAAAACUGCAUCAGCAAAGCCAUUUUAUUGAACUGAAAGUUUAAAAUAAACUGCAUGGAUUUAUGAAGCUGAUGAAUAUUCCAAAAUAGCGUUGGAUUCAAGGAUAUUUUUUGUCUACCAGCACUCAUGUUUAUAUGUACUGGAGGAGUAAAAUGAUACUGAAUGAAAUGGUCUGUGGAAAUAUAAAAAACAUAAACCAUCCAUCAUCCAGAAGAAAAAUGGAAUACACUGAUCUACUACUGAUGUCUUCUUUCAGCUUUGAUCUAAAGAUGUAUUUUAUUAAAACUAUAAUUUAAAUGUACCAUGACAAAUAUGCAGUAAAAAUUAGCUCUUUUCUAAGCUAGAGUAGGUUUUUGUCUUACAAUUAUUGUGCUAUAUAGUUUUUGUUUUAAAAACUCCAACCGCGUGCUGCUUUUUUCUGACAUUGUGUUUUUAGUUCUGCAAGAGGGAUAGCCGAUAUUGUUCAAGAAACACAUAAGCAUCAUUUACUAUUAAUUCCUAAACUCUGGAUAUAAAUUAUGCUUUAUUUCUCUGAGGAAUUCAGAUAACACCUUCCCCUUCUUUAAGUAUAAUCAAAGAUUAAUUUUAACUUGCAUAAUGUUCCUAGAAAGAACAGAGCAUUUAACCAGCAAAGUAAAAAGAAACAAAUUGAUUUGUUAAAUGCCUUGUGUUGUACCUAAUGGAUCAAUGAGGAGAAAGAGAACUGCAUAUUUAUGAAAAUAAUGAGCAUUGUUUUAAUAUAACAUUAACAGAAAAUCUCUUAAUUCUAUGCUUGAAAACCUGCAUGAUAUUUGAGAUAUAUAAAAACUCUCAGGAUUCCUUUAGGAAUUACAUCUGUGUCACUUAAAUUCAAAAAAGAGAGAGAGAAAGAGAUUGGUAAUAUUCAGAGCAUCCUAAAAGCAGAUUUCCCAAUUCUGUUUACACCUGUAUCAGCUAUCUUUUAUCUCACCUUGUUUAAAACACAUGGUUUGUUUCAUGUUGAUGGGAGUGACUUUUAUACAAACUGUUUUCGAGGACACAACUCACACUUAAAACAUGUAAAGCCCUUUGUUUCCUGCAACAACUUAUAAAAUAAGGUAAAAGAUGAUCAAUAAAGGACUUGCCUUGUUCCUUGUCCUACCAUGAUUCCUUGAGAAUCAACAACUUCAAGGUAUAUAAGACCUUCAGCAUUAUGGUAUUUUCUCUUCCACGCACUCACCUUUCCAGGAAUCCCUCCCGAGAUCCUUCAUCAUGCACAAAAAUGCAAAGGAAACAUCUUGCUAAUUAAUAAAAGCGGCAUUGGAAUUCUAACUCUAGCUGUCUUGGGAUUUUAAUUAACUCAGCAUUAUUUUCUCACCUCAGACUACAGUGAAUUUUUUUAAAAAUUCUCAGCUGAAAUAUUUCACAGAUGGAAGCUCAUGUUUCAAUUUUAGUGAUUUGAAUAAACAAUUUGUUGAUGCCUAUUUCAAAUGAAAGCCUAAAAAUAUUCUACAUCCAAUUUUAGGCUCCAUUGAUGAAUACAGCGUUACUUUUAGAAUUACAUCUUUAAAUGGUAUUUGAAUUUUAGGUUAUCUGAAGGACAUAUUUCUGUAGAGAAAAAGAAAUGUUCAAAAUACUAAUGAAAGAACAAAGACUACUCCAAAAAUAGGUAAUUUUUCUAUUUUCACAGAGUAUCUUCACUGUGCUGAAAUUUGGUGUUGCAUUUCCUUCUAAAUUCGCAGCCAUAACUGAUUUAUUUGCAGUAACAGAAGUAUCUUAUUAUUAUUAUUAUUAGUCCUCGAAAAUAAUGAAUUUGAAGGGAUAGAGGUUGUUCGAUAACUUUAGGGAUGCCUUCCAAUAUCUGGAGGCUUUUUGUGUAACAUUAUGAAAAGCCCAAAGAAAGGAAGCCUAGACUUCAAUUAAAAGAAACAAACCAAACAAAUCUACUGGCAUGCCUCUAUAAACCAUCAGGUCUAAGUUUUCAAAGAAAAUUAUAGUUAUAACUUACAGGUAGAAACUCUUCUUGCUGUCAUACUCUGCCAAUGUGUAUUGAGGGGGACAGUUUGCAUGAAAAAUGAUUAACGUCCCAUUUAAUUUAGUUUUAAUAGACUUUGGUAUAUGCAUGUAGCAUCAGAGUUGCAACUUUGUUAAGAGACUCAUGUGACCAUAAGCAAGUUAUGACCGCAAUCUGAAGGUUGGAGAAAGGUACAUUGCAGCAGAGAAAUUAUGGCCCAGUUGAAAUCCAAUGUAAAAUGUAAAUGCAUGUCAAUGCACACUCAAUGCUACUUUUAUGUACUAUUUAGUGAUCUUCAGUGGUAUGUGUUUAAUAUUUUUGCUACCUACACAUUAGGCAAAAGAUGUAAAUAAUCCUGAGAAGAGGAAGGACAGUAAACUGCACCUUUUUAUAGGUGCUCCAUUAGUGUGUUCUACAUCAUCCUAAAAUGCGAGAUUUCCCCACACAGGUGACAAGGUGGUUUAUGUGCUAUUUAAGGGCAGAGAGUGUGUGCCCAUUCAAUAAGCAUGUUUUUUUGCCAGGUAGUACAUAUGUUCCAUAUCUGUAUUUAUCCCUGCAUUUCAGAUGGGAACUAGAAAACUGGAGAGACAAAUGUAAUGAAACUGCUGCUGUAAAUUAUUCCUUUUAGCAUGUAUUAAGUUGCUAAAUACACAUUUCUUCAAAAUAUUUGAA